GUCGAACGGUGGGACAACCAUAGAGAAUGCUAGAGAGUGCAUCGCUAUGUACUAUCCAUUAUGGCGUCUGUGAGCGCACGAGCAGCGCUAUUGAGGCAAUCUCUAUUUUGAAGUAGUCAAUGUUUUUUCUUCACAUUUGGCUGAUCCCUCCUGAUGACCCGGUUGGACGUGACCUCAACAUGGUCAUCAGGAAGGACCAGCCAAUGAAGUUGGAAAUACCACCCAGUUGACUACUUAAAAUGGUGGAAAUAACCUUUUAGCUACUAGAAGCCUUUAUCAUUCUCUAUGGGGACAACCGAAGUUCCACGUCUACUUCCGGUUAUGUGAACCCUGGCAUACAAAAGAAGACCCAAACUUAAUCCUCCAGUCUGAUGAUAUGAGAAGCUCUAGAUGAUGAUGGAGAUGCUCUGGUACAUAAACUGGCUGUGCCUGAUGGGUCUUUUCCUGGCCUCCCUACUCAUCGUGUUGGCCUGGCUUGUCCAGUACUCCCUGGACGUACUACACCCGACGAGCCCCAAGUCACUCACCCAGGGCUGGGGUGCCACAUCCAGGCUACUCCCACCUAUCACCCUCUCCCACCGGACUCAGGCUGGGGGUGUGUGGGGCACCCUGCUCAAGCUCUGGCUCGGACGGGAUCGAGGAGGAGCAGCGUCCGAGGCCGGGGUGAAGGGUCUGCUCACAUCACUGUUCUCCUUCAAGUCUUUCCGGGAACAUUGGCAGAGGGCUUGGGUCAAAGUUCUCAAUGAACAAGCCUGCAGACAUGGGAGCUCCAUCCAGAUCACCUUUGACAACAGUCUCCAGCUCCCUGCCUCUGCUAUUGUAGAUAGUGUGACCUGCACAGACCAAUCACCUACCACUAUGGUCUUACAGUGUAAGUGUGCGGUUGACACUGUAACGUUCCCUGUGACUGUCACCCAGCAGUCACCUGCAGCUGUUUCCAUGGAUACCUACCAGAUCACCAUAAAGCCAAUGCUGGCCCAGUUGGUGGUGCGUCUGGAGGAAGUAGAAGAAGAGGGUCUGCUGGUGUCCUGGACUUUCUCCCAGCAGCCGAUCUCCCUCACCGUGGCCCCACGCAGGAUCCAGAGAGAGGAGAGUGAUGCAGAGAUAGACCCGGACAUGAUUCGGGAGCUGGUGAAGGAUACUCUGUUCAGCACACAGCCAGCCAUGAUUCUCAACCUCAGGGCCUGUGUGUCCAGCACUAUGUUCCCCAGGGCAACAGGCCUAACCCCGACAGGUCUGACCCCCCCGUCCCAGAGUUUACCCCCCAUACGAAGGCUCCUGCUUCGCCAGCUCAGGGGAACCUGCCUCAGAGCAGCCAAGUCAUGCAGUUCAGGGGAGCUGUGCUGUACCGUGAGCCUGGAUCAGCCAUCAACAGAAAGGAGGACCUGCUUCCUGCCUGCAACCCCCAGCCCUGACACCUCACUGGACUGGAGUGAGGACAUCUCACUGGAUCUGGCUCCAGAAACCAAAGAGCUGAGAGUGAGAAUGCUGGAGAAGACCACCAAGGGGGAACAAUUCUUGUCUGGCUUUGCCUCGCUACCCUUGGACCUCACCCGCAGAGCUCCUACUGGUCAGCAUGUGCUGUCAGUCAGCCCAGGGCACGGCCUGGCACCCAAUGCUACGGUCACCUUUGAGCUGGUGUACAUGGAGGUAGUGGACCCCCUUGGAGCUCACUACACCACGCCCCUCCGCACCUCCAUCACCCCGACCAAGAAGGUGGAUGUGGACCGGACCAUCAUGCCAGACGGCACCAUCGUCACCACCGUCACCACCAUUCAGUCACGACCCAGACCGGGAAAACUAGGUACAGUAGGUCUGGGUGACUCUCCCUCGCGGUCCCCGUCCAAAGUGGAGGUGACAGAGAAAGGGACCAUAUUCCUCACUGAUGGCUGCCAUAGCAGGACCAGCUCCAGCCCUACUCUAAGCACUGAUAGUCCCCUGUCCAAUGGGCUGGACCCGGUGGCUGACACGGCUAUAAGACAGCUGACGGAGAACGCCAGCAAGGUGUCCAAGAAGACUCCCACUAAACGGAGCACGCUCAUCAUCUCUGGCGUGUCAAAGGUUCCCAUCUCGGAGGAUGACUGUGGCCUGUCUUGUGGCUACGCUGCAGCCAUGGAUGCUGCCCUGCAGGGAGGAGGAGCCUCCAACUACUAUGGGGCGGGGCAACAUCAGGAAGCAGACGAGACCACGCCCUCGGAUGUGUCUGAGCGGCCGUCUGUCGAUGACGUGGAGUCAGAAACGGGCUCCACUGGGGCCCUGGAGACACGCAGCCUCAAAGACCAUAAAGUGGGCUUCCUCCGCAGCGGAACCAAGCUACUAUUCCGUACAAGACACCGAAAGAAGGACCCAACCUUCAGCCAAUCCCACGAGGACCUCUCCAACCUGGCCAGUGUCUCUGCCUCUGGCACCAUUGUGCGUAAGAAGUCCGGCAGCUUCUCCCGACGACUCAUCAAGCGCUUCUCCUUCAAGUCGAAGUCGAAGGACAAAGCCAGUGCCACCAAUGGAGGGCCGAGCACAGCAGACAACUGAUAGACAACUGAAUGGUGUAGCGGAUGGCUAAUGGCAUUGCUACCGCCUUCCUGAGACUUAGAAGUAGGCUACUGUUGCCGUGGACCCAGAAAUCGCCCUGGCUUUUCUGGGUCAAUGGUAUUGGGUUGGGUAGGAUCGUAGGACUGCUUGAAAUGGUUUGAGGAUGCUUAGCAUUGGUCAUCCUGUCCCACCAUUUCUUCCUCUGUUUUCACCAUCAGAUGAGGAACCCAAAUUUGCCACUUUUAUCUAGUUUUUGCAGGCAGAACACGUACACCCCAGGUUGGUGGUUACCUAUCCUGCAUCUCUUACCUCUGAUAGGACUCCUUUUCCUCUGGAUGAGAAACGCACACGUCAGGGACAGAUAGAUGGAUCCAGGGACUGUUUGCUUAUUAUCAAAGCCAUUUCUUUUCAGAAGGAGCCUCUGCUGCUCUGGUGGAUUUAAAGGGGGUAAAGGGGGAUAACGAAAGUAGGAAUAAACUUGAAGAUGUUGCAAUUCAACACUAAAGAGGCAGUAGGUAGAGUGAGUGUGGCCUCUUCCUAAUCAAUUUAUUUAAAAAUAUGAUUUUCUUGGUUGCACUUUAUCGGAUUGUUUACAGCACUUGACAGCUUCUUCUGGUGUUAAUUUUAUUGGUAUUUGUAUUGUUUGCUCUCUGAUUCACAUGAUUAUCCUUCUGUUUCCCCAAAAAAUAUUGGGUCACGUUUGGUGGUUUGCAUUAUGUAGGCCUAGUAGAGACAUGACUUUAUCUUUCUUUCCUGCUUAGUUGUAAAUGUAAUCUUGAAUAACAAACUUAGUUGAAGAACAAAUAUCAACCCCUCGCAUAGGUCUUAAGUUGGUGGUAAUGUUGACAUUCAUAGUGGCUUAUACAUUAUGUUUUAACAAUGUUGUUCAUAAUUGUAAGUUGUACAAAAACCAAAUGCAGGCAUACUUAUGUCUGUGUUUCAUAUUUUGUUUUUUUAGAAAGGGAAAUCUUCAAGGCAAACUGUUUUAAAUGAUCAGCUCAGACCCUUUUUAAUUUGUAUCUACUAGGCAAGUUGAAAUACCUCAAUCGCCUGAGUACUAACGUUACACAUUCUCUGGGUCAGAAUUAUUGAUGGAGGAUAUGCCAUAAAUAUCUUUAAUAGUUGAAUGGUAAAUGAUAUACAGAUUGAGUCCUCUUAAUAUUAAUAUCAGGGAAUUAUCAUGGUUGAGGUAAUAAAAAAAGAUGGUCAGAUGGUUAUUAUGACUUUCUCCCCUGUAAUGCAAGAUUGUUGCUCCUUAAUUCAAGUUGAGCUUAUAAGAUGUCACAGUCCUCCAGGACAUGCGUUGUCACGCACAGAACAUAGGGUAGUGUAAAGAUGUACAUAAAAGUAGUUAUCUUGUACAGUAUUGGCAUAUGCGUUUUGUAAGACAAUUAUUUUGCCAUCCUCUCAGAAUUUGUAUUGUGUAUCCCUAAAGUAUAUUUGAUGUUAUAGUAAGGGAAUGUGGUUCAGUAGUAAUAGACAAGGAAAUAUUGUUACUCCUGCCCCACCUCUACUCUUUAAGACAGACUCCCAUAAUCAUCAUCACAUAGUACUGUUUGCCAAGUAAAGUCACACACAUAAUUAAGUUUUCUUUAUGAAAUUGUCACUGAGGUAACAUCACUUUUUUGUUGGUUGAAACCCAUAAACAUUACUACUUGAAGUUACAGCUUGUCUGAAGACAAUGUAUAACAGCAUACAGUGCCUUCAGAAAGUAUUCACACCCCUACACAUUGGGAUUCAAAUUGAUUUAAGUGCGGGGGGGAAAAAAUCUAAAUUGUUCAAAGCUUAAUAAAAAAUC